UAGUACAACUGAAACAACAACACAAGCCACUACAACAGAAUCAACAUCAGCCACAACAACUGAAAGCACAACUGUUAGUACAUCUGAAACAUCUACACAAGCACCAAUAAUAACAGAAUCAGCAACAGCCAUGACAACUGAGAGAACAACUGUUAGUACAACUGAAACAACAACACAAGCCACUACAACAGAAUCAACAUCAGCCACAACAACUGAGAGCACAACUGUUAGUACAACUGAAACAACUACACCAGCCACAACAACUGAGAGCACAACUGUUAGUACAACUGAAUCAACUACACCAGCCACAACAACUGAGAGCACAACUGUUAGUACAACUGAAACAACUACACCAAUCACAAUAACAGAAUCAACAUCAGCCACAACAACUGAGAGCACAACUGUUAGUUCAACUGAAACAACUACACCAGCCACAACAACUGAGAGCACAACUGUUAGUACAACUGAGACAACUACACCAACCCCAACAACCGAAUCAUCAGCCACAACAACUGAGAGCACAACUGUUAGUACAACUGAAACAACUACACCAGCCACAACAACUGAAAGCACAACUUUUAGUACAACUGAGACAACUACACCAGCCACAACAACUGAGAGCACAACUGUUAGUACAACUGAAACAACUACAACAGCCACAACAACUGGGAGCACAGCUGUUAGUACAACUGAAACAACUACACCAGCCACAACAACUGAGAACACAACUUUCAGUACAACUGAAACAACUCCACCAACCACAACAACAGAAUCAACAUCAGCCACAACAACUGAGAGCACAAGUGUUAGUACAACUGAAACAACUACACCAACCACAACAACAGAAUCAACAUCAGGAACAACAACUGAGAGCACAACUGUUAGUACAACUGAAACCACUACACCAGCCACAACAACUGAGAGCACAACUGUUAGUACAACUAAAACCACUACACCAGCCACAACAACUGAGAGCACAACUGUUAGUACAACUGAAACAACUAUACCAACCACAACAACAGAAUCAACAUCAGCCACAACAACUGAGAGCACAACUUUCAGUACAACUGAAACAACUACACCAACCACAACAACAGAAUCAACAUCAGCCACAACAACUGAGAGCACAACUGUUAGUACAACUGAGACAACUACACCAGCCACAACUGAGAGCACAACUUUCAGUACAAAUGAAACUACACCAACCACCACAACAGAAUCAACAUCAGCCACAACAACUGAGAGCACAAGUUUUAGUACAACUGAAUCAACUACACCAGCCACAACAACUGAGAGCACAACUGUUAGUACAACUCUUUGA